AUGGUUCCGCCGGGGUCGACGAGCCGCUGCCUCUACGAGGUCCUCGGUGUGAGCCGGGACUGCUCCUUGGAGGAGAUACGGUCCGCCUACAAGAAGCUUGCCCUACGGCUCCACCCCGACAAGGUCGCCCAGUCGGCGGGCGGCGCUACCGACGACGCCGAGGCCACGGCCACCUUCCAGGAGCUCCAGCACGCGUACGAUGUUCUCCGUGAUCCCAAGGAGCGCGCCUGGUACGACGCCCAUCGAUCUCAGAUCCUCUUCGCAUCCAGCCGGAGACCCACGCAGGGCGCCAACACCGGCUCCACCGACGAUGGCGCGUUCGCGAACUUCUUCUCCAGCUUCUUCUCAAAAUUCACCGCAUCCGACGGCCGCGGUCCUGGGAGGGCCUCCAAGAGCCCCAUGGACGACAUCGGGAACAUCUUUUCUUUUUUCACCCCUUCCGCCUAUUCGGGCUUCUCAGACACAGGCAGUGGCUUCUACAAGGUCUAUGGUGAUCUUUUUAGCAAGAUAUACUCCAACGAGGUGCGGUUCGCCAAAGAAGUGAAUCAUGGCGUGGACCCUGACGAGGUCUUGGAGCCCGCUCCCCUGAUAGGGAAUUUGGAUUCAUCGUAUGAGCAGUGGACAGCUUUCUACAAAUACUGGUUAGGGUUCUCGACUCUGAUUGAUUUCUCGUGGGCAGACCUGUACGAUGUUCGGGAGGGGUUCAACCGGAGGGUGAGGCGGGAGAUGGAGGAAUUGAACAAUAAGGCGAGGAAGAAAAUGAGAAGAGAGUACAAUGAUACUGUGCGGUCGCUGGCUGCCUUUGUGAAGAAGAGGGACAAACGAGUGGUAGAAAUGCUCAGAAAGAAGAAAGCGGAAGAGGAGGAGAGGAAAGAGGAACAGAGGAAGAAGAAGGAAGAAGAGAAGAAGAAGAAAGAGGAAGCCAGACUCUAUCGGGAGGCUGAGUGGGCGGAGAAUGACGAGGAAGAUGAUGGAGCCUUGUACGACGCCUGGUACGGUUCAGAGGCUGAUGGAAAGAAGAAAAAAUCGAAUGGUGAGCAGGAGCUGUAUUGUGUGGUCUGCAGUAAGAAGUUCAAGUCUGACAAACAGUGGAAGAAUCACGAGCAAUCAAAGAAACACAAAGAUAAGGUGGCAGAGUUGAGGGAGUCAUUUCAGGAUGAAGAUGAACUUCUGGGUGUCAAUGACGAUGCUGAUGAUGAUGCCCAGGUGGGAGAUGGCAUUGAUGUCGGUUUUGAUUAUGUGCAGGAAUCAUCUGAUGAUAGUGGUGACGGCGCUCUAAAUGAGCUUUCUGAGAAAUUCGAAGAUGGCUUUGUGUUCCAGGAGCAAGCAGUUGAACAUGAGAUUUCUGAUCCCGGUGUGGUGGGUCUGGGUUCAGAGGAUGAGACGGUUAUCCUCGAAGCAAUGAUUUCCAAUCACAGAAGCAGGAAGGCUGUUAGUUUAGAGCAAUCUAAUAUGUCACCUGGUGAGCGAGGUGAGGUUCCCAAUAAUGAUGCUGAGGGUGAGAGUCCUAUGGAACAUAAUCUCCGUAGAAAAGGUCGCAGAACAAAGGCUUCAAAGAAAGGGAAUCGUUCAAAACCUUAUGGAGAUGAUGCUGAAACAAUGGAUACGAAUGGAAGUCUAGAUGUUGAUGAUGGUAAGAGAUGUCAGGAUGUGGAUGAGCAGGUGAAGGAAUCUGCCUCAGACUCUCUUGACCAGGUUGGUUCAAGUAAAAGGGGAGGUCGUAACUCUGGGAAGACCCUAAAGCCACAGCAGCAGCGCCAGCAACGUGAUGAAAAAUCUGGAGUUAACAAAGAAGCAGAUAGUGCUGCAAAAAUCUCGUCCAAAGGAAAGAAACAGAAGGUAAGAGAUCUCUCAACGGAUAACCUUUUCAUCUGAGGGGAAAUUGCUUGAUUCAACAUCUCAACGUUUAUGUAAUCAGUCAAAAUACAUCCAUAAUAGUUGGAUUGAGUGGUGUUUGCUUAACUCCAGUGAUUACUAAACAUUGUAAAUUGCACCAUCGUAAAUAUUGUUGUGAAUAUUUAUUGAUAGUUGGCCAUUGUCUGGCAAACAGAGUUCAGCACGUAACUCCAGUUUUUUAGGAUUUGACCAUGCUGAUCUUUUCUCUCUUUGUUCAGCUCGUUUCUCAAACCGUUUUAGAUAUGACCCAAGUUUCGAAUGUGAUGAUCCAUACGUCCCGAGAAAAAAAAUAAUUAGGCAAAAGUGAAGAAUGAAAAAUGACAAGAAGCGGAACAAAUCACCUCUGCCAUCAGCCACAUCCCCUUCCUUCUUUCCCACAUGCUUGCAUGCACGGUUUUACUUAAUCUACGUUAUGAAGUUUUUCCUUUUUACGGUUCUUGAAGGUUUCCACAAUUUUGUUCUUUUCCUGGCCUUUUCAUUCACUCCCCAUUUCCCUCCUGUAACUUAAAAAGCACACGUUUUAUCUUUCUCUUCAUGCUACUUUCCCUUGAUUAUCAGGCAAACCACAAUUUUUUAAGCCUUAUAUCUCUGUUGUUAGAAUUGAUAAUGGUCGUCUAGGUCAGUGCAGACUUGGAUGUAUUCCUGUUCUGAUUCAUCUAUGAGACAAAAAGUUUCUACCUUCCACACGGUGACAGAAUGUUGAGAAUUUGAACCCCUUAAUUUAUGUCAUGCUGGAUCACGAUGUGCCCUGAAUGCUACAUGCUACAUCACGUUAGAUAUGGUAUUUUUAUCUAGCUUGGAACCAUGAAAUCAAUCCGCAUAUUGAAUCAACUCUGGUUUUUUAAUAUUCUUAUGUAUCACUAUAAUUUUUUUAUCAAUGGCCCAUAUCCGUAUCACCGUGGACUAACUCAUGCAUAAUUCAGGGAACAUCAAAGGCGCCCAGUAACAUGUGUGGAACUUGCGGGGAGAGCUUUGAUUCAAGGUACUCUAAUUGUAUAAACCAAGCUGCUGGUUAUGAGUCAGUGUCUCCGCUUCAUCCAUCUUCAUCCAUCUUCAUGUCCAUCAAUGCUUACUGUUAAUCUCUAUUUUUUUUCAGGAAUAAGCUGUUUAUGCACUUGGGGGACACAGGACAUGCCAUGUUGAAGACGCGAUAG